AUGGGGGGGGGUUGGGGUGUGGGGGGGGGGGUGGUUUGUGGGUUUGGGGGGUUGUUUGUGUGGGGGGGGGGGGGGUGUGGGGGGGGGGGGUUGUGGUGUGGGGGGGGUUGGUGUUGGUGUGUGGGGGGUGGUUUGGGGUGGGGUUGGGUGUGUGGGGUGGUUGGGUUGGUGGGGGGGGUUGGGGGGUUGGGGGUGUGGGGGUGGGGGGGGGUGGGGGGGGGGGGGGGGGUGUUGGUGGGAGGGUGGGUUUGUGUGGGUGUUGGUUUGUUGGUGUGGGGGGGGGGUGGGUUGGGGGUUGUGGUUUGUUGGGUGUGUGGUGUUUGUGGUGGGGGUUGUGUGUUUGGGGGGGUGGGGUGUGUGGGGUUGUGGGUUUGGGGGUGUGGGGGGGGUGUUGUGGUGUGUGUGGGGGGGUGUGUGGUGGGUGUGGGGUUGUGGUUGGGGGGUGUUGUGUGUGGUGGGGUGGGGGGUGUGUUGGUGAGGUGUUGGUGGUGGGGUUGGUGGUGUGUGUUUGGGGUGGGGGUGUUGGUUGUUGUGGGGGGGUUUUUGUGUUUUUGUGGUGAUUUGGGUUGUGGGGGGUGGUUAGUUUUGAGGGGUUGUGAGGGGGGGGUUGAGGGUUUGGGGUAUUUGUGGGGGGGGGGGGGUGUGUGGGGGGGGUUUGGGGGUUGGGGGGGGGUGGGUGGUGGGGGUAGGUGGGGUGGGGGGGGUUGUGGGGGGGGGGGGGGGGGUGGGGGGGUGUGGGGGGGGGUGGGGUGGGUGUGGGGGGUGGAGGUUUGGGGGGGGGGGGGGGGGGGGGGGGGGGGGGGGGGUGGGGGGGGUGGGGUGGGGGGGGGGGGGGGGGGGGGUGGGGGGGUGUGGGGUGGGGGGGGUUGGUGUGGGGGGGGGGGGGGGGGGGUUGUGGGUGGGUGGUUGUGGGUGGUUGUGGGUUGUGGGGGGGGGGGGGGGGGGGGGGUGGGGGGGUGUGUGGGGGUGUGGGUGGGGGGGUGUGUGUGGGGGGGUGGUGGGGGGGUGUUGUUGAUGGGGGGGGGGGGUGGGGGGGGGGGUUUGGGGGUGGGGUGGGGUUGGUGGGGGGGGGUGGGGGGGGGGGGGGGGGGGGGGGGGGGGGGGUGGGGGGGGGGUGGGGUGGGGGGUUGGUGUGGGGUUGGUGUGUGUUGGUUGGUGGUUGGGGGGGGUGGUUGGGUGGGGUGGGGGGGGGGGGGGGGGGGGGGGGGGGGGGGGGGGUUGGUGGGGUGGGGUUGGGGGUGUUGGGGGGGGGUGGGUGUGGGGGGUGGGGGGGGUGGGGUGGGGGGGGGGGGGGGGGGUGGUUGGGGUGGGGGUGUUGUGUUGGGGUGGGGGGGGGGGGGGGGGGGGGUGGGGGGGGUGGGUGGGGGUGGGGGGGGGGGGGUGGUGGUUUUUGGGUUUUGUGGGGUUUGGGUUGGGUUGGUGGGGUUUGGUUGGGGGGGUGUUGGGUGGUGUGGGUUGGGGGGUUGUGUUGGUGUGUUGGGGGGGGGUGGUGGGUUGGGGUGGGGGUUGGGGGUUUGGGGGGGGGGUUGGGGGGGGUGGGGGGGCGGGGGUGGUGGUUGGGGGGGGUGGGGUGGGGGUGGUGGUGGGUGGGGGGGUUGUUGGGGGUGGGGUGGUGGGGGGGGUUGGUGGGUGGGGGGGGGUGGGGGGGGUUGGUGGGGUGUUGUUGUGGGGGGGGGUGGGGGUGGUGGGGGGGGGGGUGGGGGGUGUGGUGGGGGGGGGGGUGGGGGGGUGGGGGGGGGUGGGUGUGGGUUGUUUGGGGGGUUGUGGUGGGGUUUGGUGUGGUGGGGGGGGGGGGGGGGGGAUUGGGGGGGGGUGUUUUGUUGGGGGUGGGGGGGGGUGGUGGGGGUUUGGGGGGGGUGUGUGGUGUUUUGGGGGGUGUGGGGGGGGUUUGGUUGGGGGGGGGGGUUGGGGGUUGGGGGGGGGGGGUGGGGGGGUGGGGGUUUUGGGGUUUGUGUGGGGUUUUGGUGGGGGUUGUGGGGGGGGUGUGGGUGUGGGGGGUGUUGGGGGGUGGGUGGGUUGUUGGUUGGUUUGGGGUUGGUUGGUUGGGUUGUGUGGGGGGUGGGUGGGUUGGGUUUUGGUUGGGGGUUUGGUGGUUGUUUGUGGGGGGGGGUGGGUUUGGUUGGUGGUGUUGGUGGUUGGUUGGGUUGGGGGAGUGGGGGUGGGGGGUGUGGGGGGAGGGGGGGGGUUGUGUGGGGGGGGUUUUUUGGUUGGGGGGGUGGAGUGGUGUGGGGUUUUGUAUGGUUUGUAGGGGUGGGGUUUGGUUGGGGGGGGGGUGUGGGGUGGUGUGGGGGGGGGUGUGUUGGGGUGGGGGGUGGUGGGUUGUUGGUGGGGUGGGGGGGGGGGUUGUUUGUGGGGUGGGGUUUGGUGGGGGGGGGUGGGUUGGUUGGUGGGGGUGGUGGGGGGGUGGUUUUUGGGGGGGGGGGGGGUGUUGGGGGGGUGGGGGGUUUGGGUUUUGGGGGGGUAUGGGGGGGGGGGUGGGGGGGGGGUGGUGUUAUGGGUUUGGGGGGGUUGAGUUUUUUGGGUGGGGUGGGUGGGGGGGUUUGUGGGGGGGGUGGUUGGGGGGGGAGUGGUGGUGGUGGUGGGGGGGGGGGGGGGGGGGGGGGGUGGUGGGGGUGGAUAUGGUUGGGGGGGGGGGUUGUUUUUGGUGUAUGGGGUUGUGGGGGGUGUGGUGGGUUUGGUUUGAUUUGGGGGGUUUUGGGGGUUUGUGGGUUGGGUGGGUUGGGGUUGGUGGGUGGGUGUUGGGGUUGUGUGUUGGUUUGA